UCUUGUAUUUUUAUUUUUAUAAUUCAAGAAAAUACAUAAUAAUAAUUACUAUUUUUAAGUUUUCCUUAGUAUAUUAUGUAUGAUUUAUUUAUUAUUUUAAUUUUAUUAUGCACAUUUAUUUAUUUAUUUAUUUUAAAUUUCAUUUUCAAAUUUUAUCAUCAUAUUUGCUCUUUUUAUUUUUUUUGUAUGAUAUUAUGUGCUCUGAGUAUUUUGGAUUAGAGCAACAUAAUUUUAGAAAAUCUAUAUAAACAAGAUGAGUUUCCUUUUAUUAUACUUUACUUUUAGCUAGCCAUCUUUCGGCUUCAAAAGUUAAAUAAAAUUCAAAAGCCUUUCCAUAUUUAGGAUGUUAAAUGA